UCAUAAUGAUAGGCAAAAUUUACUAUUCUGAAAAAGCAUUCAAUGCUUAUAGUGGAAUUGUGUAAAUAACAAAAAAAUCUCCUGCAAAAGUUAUCUAAAAUCGUUGUUAUACUGAGUGUUGAGAGUGUUUUGGAAAAAGUUAACACAAUUUCGAAAAACUGCACAAUCGAUAAUCAGUUAACUGAAAAUAGGGUCCAUGUGGCCAACAUUUGCGUUGUAAAAAGGAUUUACUCCAUACAUAUAUGACCCGUGCUAUGAUUCUUAAUAAUAAAUAUUCCUAAGUGAGCAGUACAGAAUUUAAUAAAUUUAUCAAAUCGACACAGAAAGUCCUAAAACAUGCAUUCGGUAGGAAUACAUUCUGCAAUGGCCAUUAAACGGCAGCGAAAACGACGAGAUGAACAGAAAAGAGCUCGAGAAAGGCGCUACAGCACUCAAAGCUCUGAGAGUGGUGAAACUUUUCAUUCUCCAACAGGAUCUGUGAGACGUAAAUAUCACAAUCCUCAUCAAACGUCUAAUCCCAGUACUGGAAUGCUUGAUAGCCAGGUGGUUACGAGUAUUGGAAUGCUGCAUAUUGGUAUUGUGUUUGUCGUUUUCGGAGUCUUUCUUUGCGGAGCUGGCAUUAUUCCAGAUGAAACAAUGUCCUGGAAUGUAUUCAGUUCUAGUUCAGCCUGGUGGAAUGAAGUAACUUGCACCGGUCUUUUUUCCCUCGGAUUGGGACUAUUUUUACUUAUUUUAAAUUGUCUUAUAAGUCGCAAGGAAGAGGAAGAUCUUGAAGACUAUGUUCAACGUCAGCUGACUCGAUCACGUUCUGGACAUCGACUUGAGCGAGAUGUCGAAACUGGUGUAUUGACCACACGUCAUGCUCGCAAAGCCGUUGCUUUACAAAAGAACGGACGGAAUACGUCUCCCACAGACUUAGCCGUGGUGAAUUGCGGCUCUACAGAAACAUUAUGCAAUGGACCGAUAGUUAAACGUAAUGGUUUAAACAGCUCUGGUGAUGUUAUUCUCGAAAAAAUUGUGGAGGAAGACACUUCCUAUUUAAAUGACCGUAGUGCUGGACUAUCUCCUGAAAUUGAAAAUGAUACAAAGCAGCUACUACGAAUGGAAACUUUAAACGAUGCAAUCAAUAUAACAAGAAUAUAAAAGUACUCUAUAUCUAAAACCAUGAAUAUGUGUUAAACUUAUGUAUUCAUAGUUUUACAAAUAUAUAUUUAAUUAUUUUAAAAAUAUUUUUUUAAAGCCAAAUUUUUUUGGUUGGCAUAAGCUAAUAGUUUUUAUUAGCACUUUUAAGCACAAUAUUACUAAGAAUAACUGUGUCACAAAUUUGUGUAAAAAGAUGGUACUAAAAAGAUAAAAUUGUAUAACUUAAAUAAAUAUAUACUUAUAAACGUUUGUAAAUACAAGCUUUGAAAGCACAGCAAAUACGCCAGUAUUAGAUUACUUCUUAAAAGACACAAUAUGAAAACUUGGGACAAUCGAGCGCUUUGUCAAAACCUCUUCUUUCCCAAAAUAGAAAGGAAAAAAUUUGUUCUAUAUGAACAAGCUGAUUUAAGAACUUAUAACUUAAAUUAUUAUUAAAGGUUCCCCUCUAUGACUGAAAACGUAUCCUUUGGGGCUUAAAUUUAAAAUUUUAUUGUUAACUAUUGUAUGUCUUUUUUAAUAAUCAUAUAGAUAACAUUUCAUUAUUCGAAGCUCUAACCCUUGUUAUAUAUAAACAUUGUUCAUUUAAUCAAAUACCAUUAAAUUCUUUAUUAAAAAGUAUAUGUGUUUGACAUUUAAAAUAAUAAUAUUAUUAAUUAUUAUAAAUACAAUCAAUAAAAAUGUAUGAUAUUUGAUAAAUUUGGUUUCAGAUCAACAACUUUAAAAAGCGUGAACACACCAUGUAAAUUUGAUAAAAACACAACUUGCUUGUGGGGCGCCAUCCGAUUAAGCCAUUAAUUUCGAAUUUUGUACUGCGUGCAAUAACUACACAACUUUUGGGGUCUUUUGGGGUUUGGGGUUUUUUGGGGUCUGAGGUGUCUUAACUUCGUGGCAAACUCCUUGCUUAAUUAUAAUACUCUCUGCAAGGGUAUAAAUAUCGUCAAUACUUACUAAUCACGACCUGGGACCAAAAUCUGCAAAAUAAAAACAUUGAUUUAUGUGAUAUUAAUUUAAUUAUGAACAAAAAAAUAUUUACUAAUAUGAUAGGUCGAAUAUAAAAAAUGCACUGUUUAAAAUUAAUUUUUACUUUUCAUAAAAAAAUAUGUUGUUAUACCCUUGCAGAGCAAAGGGUAUUAUAAUUUUGAGGGGACACCUCAGACCCCAUUCUUGAUCAGCAUCACGAUCUGAAUCGAAUUACGUCGUACGUCUGCCCGUCUAUCCGUUUGUCCUCCUGUC